AUGACCCUAGAAGUCGAGUCGACCGAUCGCCCAAGCUUGCGGCUGCCCAAUCCCCCUCCGCUGCUACACACGCGUUCGGGCAACGAACCUCUCGAUCGCCCCUCCACUCCUGCCGAAAAUGGCUUUACCAGCCCUGUUCAGACUCCUCAGGGCAGUCCAAGCAAAAGCAGAUUCCCACCGGGGGCCAUUGAUUUACCCAAUGUCUUCGACAAGGCCAUGAAAUUGAACCCCACCUCACCCACCAAGAAUACCUACAAUCACUACAACCAUCCUAUGUUCGCGCCACCCCAGGGCGCAGGAGAAGAUUUCAACGAAAGCGUCAUCCGUCAGCCUCAGGCAAGCCCGACCCGGAAGGGCAAUAAAGAAAACCGACCUCUUAGCCCCUCUCGAUUGGCGAAGAACCUCGGUCCCAACCCUGCGGCGGCAGCGAUCUCUCGUCACGAGCAUUACCAAACCCGCGAUAUGGAGAGUAUCCAACGACGUCAGGUCGCGAUGCGCGGGUUGACCCCAGAGGAGAUGGAAAAGCUGCAGGAUCCCCGAGUCAAGCGGUUGGUCAAUGUCACUCAGCUUUAUUUCCUGGAUCAUUACUUUGAUCUGCUUAGCUACGUUCAUAACCGUCAAAAUCGUUAUUCUCAGUUUCGAGCUGCAUACCCCGAGCCACCCGUGACAUCAAUGGACGAGUACGAGCCGGCCCUCCUAAAAUAUCUGGGGCGGGAACGCGCCCACCUGCGCAAACGACGCACACGACUCCGUCAACAUGACUUCCAGAUUUUGACCCAGGUUGGACAGGGCGGUUACGGACAGGUGUAUUUGGCGCAAAAGAAGGAUACGCGGGAGGUGUGCGCGUUAAAGGUGAUGAGCAAGAAGCUGUUGUUUAAGCUGGACGAAAUCCGACACAUUCUCACGGAGCGCGAUAUUUUGACGGCUGCCAAGAGCGAGUGGCUCGUCAAGUUGCUAUACGCCUUCCAGGACGAUGACCAGAUUUAUCUGGCGAUGGAAUACGUUCCCGGGGGAGAUUUUCGCACUCUGCUGAACAACACUGGAGUCCUGCAUAAUCGCCAUGCGCGGUAUUACAUUGCCGAAAUGUUCAGCUGCAUCGACGCUCUGCAUGCCUUGGGAUACAUUCAUCGCGACCUCAAACCGGAGAACUUCCUCAUUGACUCAACAGGUCAUGUGAAACUGACAGAUUUUGGCUUGGCAGCAGGCAUGUUGAAUCCUGGCAAAAUUGAGUCCAUGCGAGUGAAACUGGAAGAGGUGGGCAAUACCCCCGUGCCAUUUGGCCGGCCGAUGGAGCAGCGCAGCAUGGCCGAGCGGCGGCAGGGGUAUCGGACGCUGCGGGAGCGCCAGGUGAACUACGCCAAAUCCAUCGUGGGGUCACCGGAUUACAUGGCGCCGGAGGUGCUGAAGGGCGAGGAGUACGACUUCACGGUAGAUUACUGGAGCCUUGGGUGCAUGCUCUUUGAGGCGCUAGCCGGUUACCCGCCAUUUGCAGGCGCAACGGUGGAUGAGACAUGGCAGAAUCUGAAAAACUGGCAAAAGGUGCUGCGCAAGCCCGUGUACGAGGAUCCAAACUAUUUCCUGUCGCGCCGCACGUGGGAUCUGAUCACCAAACUUGUGGCAUCCAAGGACCGCCGCUUCAAGAAUAUCCAUGAGAUCCACGCCCACGACUACUUCAGCGAGGUCGACUUUGACCGAUUGCGCGAGCAGCGCGCACCCUUUGUUCCAGAGCUGGAUUCGGAGACUGAUGCUGGAUACUUUGAUGACUUUUCCAACGAAGCGGACAUGGCCAAGUACAAGGAGGUUCAUGACAAGCAACGAGCAUUGGAGGAAAUGGCGGACCGUGAUGAUAAGAUGAGCAAAGGACUAUUUGUAGGGUUUACAUUCCGGCAUCGGAAACCGGCCAUGGAUGGGAUGGGCCGCGGUUCGCCACGGAAGCCGAUUGCGACGGACGGAUCAUUUGGCACAAUGUUCUAA